AUGCAAGUGCUUAAAUACGUUGUCAGUAAUAAAGCCUUACCAUGGUGGAUAAAGCUAUACUUUGCCUUAAUUUUCGCUCUGGUCGUUUUUGUGGCCUUUAACUUGGCAGUUGGAAUUUACAAUAAAUGGGACAUAACGCCUGUCAUUAUUGGAAUUAGUUCUACAUUGACUCCAAUUAAUAAAAUACCGUUUCCGGCAAUAACGGUAUGUAACAUGAAUCAGGCUAAGAAAUCGAAAGUAGAGCAUUUGUUGCCAGGAUCCCUGAAAUUCGCAAUGCUCCAAAAAACGUGCUAUAGGGAAACAAACUACUCACAAUAUAUGCAUAUUCAGCAAAGGAAUGAAUCCUUCCCGAAUUUCAUAAUAGACGUUUCAGAGAAGUGUGCUGAUCUAAUUGUGUCCUGCACAUUCCACCAGCAAAAAAUACCUUGCACUGACAUUUUCAGAGAAAUAUUUGUUGAUGAAGGCUUGUGCUGUAUAUUUAACUUUUUGCAUCCGUAUUAUUUAUAUAAGUUCAAGUCGCCAUAUAUUCAGGACUACACUUCGUCGAAGAGGUUUGCAGAUAUCGCCGUUGAUUGGGAUCCAAUUUCUGGUUAUCCGCUGAGGUUACCCUCAAGUUAUUAUCCCCGACCCGGAGUGGGAGUUGGUUCGGCUAUGGGUCUGCAAAUUAUUCUUAAUGGUCAUGUUGAUGAUUAUUUUUGCUCUUCAACAAAUGGACAAGGAUUUAAGGUACUUUUAUAUAAUCCGAUAGACCAGCCACGCAUGAAGGAGUCUGGACUACCAGUUAUGAUUGGGCAUCAGACCAGUUUUCGCAUUAUUGCUAGAAGCUUUGAAGCACUUCCAAGUAUAAGAAGUAUUCACAAAAGCAAACGCCAAUGCAUUUUUAGUGAUGAACAAGAGCUUCUUUUUUACCGUUAUUUUUCGCGGCGAAAUUGCGAAUCUGAAUGCGAUUCCUUGUUUUUUCUAAGGCUUUGCAAUUGUAUUCCUUAUUAUUUACCACUCGUCUACCCGAACGCUACAGUAUGCGAUGUGUCUCACUUUCAGUGUUUGAAUGGUGCAGAAUCACAAAUUUUUGACGUACAAAGUUCGCAGUGUAAAGAGCAGUGCCUAACCAGCUGCCACGAUUUAAUUUUUUUCCCCGAUGCUUUCACGACUCCAUUGAGCCAAAAAGAAGUUCGGGCUCAAAGUAGUUACUUAAAUAAUUUGUCAAGUGACUACAUACGGAAUAAUUUGGCUGUAGUGAACUUCUUUCAUACCGACAACUAUUUUAGAAGCAGCGUUAGGACUUCGUAUACGGGACCAACCGAAUAUAUGGCUUUAACUGGCGGAAUUAUGAGUUUGAUGAUUGGGUUUAGUGUAAUUUUUAUUGCCGAGAUAAUAUACAUAUUUUUGCUAUUCUUAACACUGUUGCUUCUCAUAAUUUUCUGA